AAAACCUUCCAUUACGAUCCGAUUCUCGACGGCGGGCUGAAUAACUAGACGGUUGCCUUCGAUUUGCCAGUGCGUUGCGAAGUUAUUACGGUUAAAUAUGAGAUAAAUGGUCGCGUAGGGCGGGCAUCUUUUCGCGAUCGGCGCUCCGACGAGGGGGACGAGAUUUAUAUCGUAUCGUGACCGGUAGAUCGUCGGAGAAUUCCUUUGAAAAUUUCGAUCGAGCUCCCGAGAGGUGAUGAAAAAUAUCGCGGGUCGAUAAGGCGUCGGCUCUUACAAGUUUCGCGUGUCCCUUCGGUGUCGGGUCUCGUGGCCACCCUCUAGAGCUUGACGCCUCAUGGUGAGGCAAGUUCUUGUGAAUUUCCGCAGUAUGUCGAUUUUUGUCCGGUAAUUGGAAUUAAUUUAUAAUUGAAUGCCGGUGAAGACUUUCGACCGAGUGAAGGAGUUUUCGCGUCCACGCGUGACCAUCGGUGGUGAAUCAUUUACCUCUUAAUCGUACUUUAUCGUCAGGCCCGUGUUAAACGCAACGAAUGCCAAUGUUAACGCCGAAAGCCGACGUUCUUAACCUCUCGAAAACGCGAUUAUAAAAAUCGAGGCCCGAGGGCCGGGUGGUUUCAUUUCCUCCUCGCCGAGCGUCCCGAUACGUCUGAGUCUCUGCAAACGUCUUUAACUCGUAUAUUCGACGUCCAAACAGAUAUAUAUAUCGGGAAUAUAUAUAUAUAUAUAGAAAGAGCGGACACCUCACGGGAGGAAAUAAUCGUGUCGGCUACCGAGUCUACGGUCCACCGGAUCGAGCGCCAUGAAGAUCCUCCUCAGAGCGGACACUCACAUUAAUUUGGAGGUUCCCGAAAACUCGCCGAAAGCGAAAUGCACCUACAGUCAGGUGUUGGCCGCCUUCUCGGUGUCGCUAGGAUCGAUGGUCGUCGGCUUUUCCCUGGGAUACACCUCGCCGGCCCUGGUCUCGAUGCGCGAUCGAUCCAUCACCAGCUUCGAGAUCACCGAGCAGACGGGAUCCUGGGUAGGUGGAAUAAUGCCUCUGAGUGCGCUCUUCGGCGGCAUCGCCGGAGGGCCGAGCAUCGAGUACUUCGGCAGGAGGAACACGAUCCUGGCCACGGCGUUCCCCUUCAUAACAGCCUGGCUACUGAUCGCGAUGGCCCAGAAUAUCGAGAUGCUUCUGAUCGGCCGAGCCCUGAGCGGAUUCUGCGUGGGGAUCGCAUCCCUAUCGCUGCCCGUCUAUCUUGGGGAGACCGUCCAACCGGAAGUAAGAGGGAUGCUGGGACUCCUUCCGACAACCUUCGGUAACAUCGGAAUCCUCCUGGUGUUCUCGACCGGGAUGGUAAUGAACUGGUCGAACCUCGCCCUGUUGGGUGCCUGCAUCCCGAUACCGUUCCUGGUCCUGAUGUUCCUGAUCCCGGAGACCCCGAGAUGGUACAUCUCCAAAGGGAAGACCAACCGCGCCCGGAAGGCGCUGCAGUGGCUCAGGAGCAAAGGAUCCGACGUGACGGAGGAGCUUACGGAGAUCGAGAACGCGCACAUCGCCAGCGAGAGGAUCGUCUCCGAGAACUCGUUCAUGAGCCUCUUCCAGGGAAAGAACAUGAAGCCUCUGUGCAUCUCGCUAGGGCUGAUGUUCUUCCAGCAGACGUCGGGCAUCAACGCGGUCAUCUUCUACACGGUGACGAUCUUCAAGGACGCCGGGAGCACGAUCGACGGAUACGUCGGGACGAUCCUCGUCGGGGUGAUGAACUUCGUGGCGACGUUCAUCGCGACCGCCCUGAUCGACCGUCUAGGUCGGAAAAUCCUGCUUUACGCCAGCAGCGUGGCGAUGAUCAUCACCCUGACGACCCUGGGGAUCUUCUUCUACCUGAAGAGCAGCGGCCACGACGUGACGCACAUCGGCUGGCUGCCUCUGGCGUGCCUGAUCGUCUACGCCCUGGGCUUCUCCCUGGGAAUGGGUCCCAUCCCCUGGCUGAUGAUGGGCGAGAUUCUGCCGGCCAAGAUCAGAGGAUCCGCGGCCAGCGUGGCCACGGGCUUCAACUGGUCCUGCACCUUCAUCGUGACGAAGACCUUCAGCGACCUGAACAUCCUCCUGGGCAGCCACGGGGCCUUCUGGAUCUUCGCGCUGAUGGUUACCCUGGGCCUCGUCUUCACCGUGGUCUUCGUCCCGGAGACCAGCGGCAGGUCCCUCGAGGAGAUCGAGAAGAAGUUCGCGGGUCCGGUAAGGAGGACCAGCGCGGUCGCGAACAUGAAGACGAUGCCCUCGGUCUCCUAGACGGCGAGGCUCUCCUCGCUCCAGGGUGCAGCUAGAGGCUUCUACCCGGCGCCGAGGUGCUCCCCUCGGAGGCCCUUGGACUCCCGGGUCCGAGCCCAGGAUUCUCAUCUCCGAGGUCGAAGGAGCCGGUGCCGGGACGGGAAAGGCGAAGAGAAGAUCCCGCAGUAGGGCCGGGGCCAUCGCGACUGGUGCUCCUCGUCGGCGGACUAGUCCGGACUCCGUCGACCCGUUCCUUCGAUGGCCCCGCCCUGGGGUAUCUUUAUUUAUUUUUAUGGAACGCGAGGAAUUGCCGUCCGAUGUAUAUUUAUACGGGAAGGGGCUCUCCAGGACUCGAGCCUCGUGGCCGAUCGGUGACGAAUUCCGCGGUCGCUCGCCUCCUGGGGGAACGCGACCCGCAACGGCUAGAGAAGACAGGCUAUAGUAGACUUACACGGAUUAGUAGACUCGUUUUUUAGUGCACUAGGAAGCUCAAUAUCUCCUGGCGGUUCCUCGAUAGCCGAAGGGCUCACAAACGUUGACGACUUGCUCAAACGAGGGAGCUGGAACCAGGGGGAGGGAAAUCCCGUGGGGUAGGUUCGGAACGUCCCGUGGGUAUUAUCAGCAAACAUGGUAUAUAUAUGCCCAGGUUUUCAGAAAAAUCAACGUAAUGGAAAUGUCCACGGGACGUUUCAAAUCGGUAAUACGAUUUCUCGGGACACCGGUGCCUUAGCGCUUCGGUGCACCUGACGCGAUGUACUUGGCGCGAAACUCUGCCGAGCCUUUCGGCAGGGGGCGAGGAUAUCUCGAGUUUUCUGCGAGCUGGGAAUUUUAUGGGAGCGUUUUGUAGAGGCCACGCGAUGAUAGGCGAUUACCGUUGACUAGGUGUAUAGUUUUAUCCGUUUCCCUUGAUCGACGAUCCUCCUUCAAUCUACCUCAAGCCGAUGAACGAAAGGACGGAAAGGAAACGGAGGCGUUAGAGCUCGUGCGUUAUUUUAAACGGGCACGUUUCUCGAGUAUUAACGGCUAUGCAUUAUUUAGGUACGCGUUGGUUACGGACCGUUUCAACUGUCGAACAAUUCGGUGCUCGUAAAUGCGACGUUAGAUAAUUUUUUGGCGAACAUCGCGCAAACCGCGGGAAAUAAUCGUAGAUCUCUAGGGAAGCUCUUAUCUUAUCGUGUACAUUUCCCUUUUCUUUUUCAAAGAGGCGAUCGGAUAUCCGAUCUUUCGAAAAUCGUUCUCCCGCUUGGGAUCAAAUUCGUUAAAAGGGACGUCGGGUUGGACUUUGCGAUUUUUUCGCGGCUAAUUGCUCGACAAACGAUCCGACUGCCUGAUUGACUCGUUUCCUUUGUUCUUUCCACCGGAAUUGCGGUAUCUUUGGAAAAAAUUCCCGCGGACAAUUUAGCGACAGUCGAGAGAUGGCGAGGAAUUCAGAUACUUUGGUCUCCUUUUUCACGGUCGAUCUUAGAAAGUACGAUGUGUAAAGUGCCGAAAGCUCAGGCUCUGUACAGGGAAAAUUAGAUUUUGGAAUCGUACGUGUACGCGAAGGAAGAAAAAAAAAAAAAAAGAGGGCUGGUGAAGAAAAGUCAAUUCAGGAGAUACUUGAAGUGGCUAAUCUGAGAGUUCGAGAGAUUCCAUAGUUUCCGUUAUGCCGAGAAUUCCUUGAUUGUCGCCAGCCCCGUGAAAAUAUCACACAUAUCAAGAUUUAUAUCGGCGUUUAAGGAUUUUUAAUGAUUUUGUAAAAUACGAUGCAACAACGUCGUCCGUGUACAGAGCUUGUCACUAUGGCAUUCAUAUCUUCUAAAACGUUCCUAAUACGCUGAAAUCAGCCAGGGCAACGAUGAAAGAAAUUGUGAAAUCACCGAUUCAUCUUUAGUAUGAUAAUUAGUCAACCGGUACUUAGGUACAGUAGAGUACUUAAAGCCCUGCGAUUUGAGUGCACUCAUUAGCAAGUAGUAAAAUGCAAAAGCGUAGUGCAGAGAAUGCACGUCCCUCUUUCACUGGUUAGCACAAUUGUACGGUACUUCUGCACACCUUGAAAUACUUUUUUUCAAGCAGGGCAUAAGUCCGUAUGUACUUAACCGAUGUGCAAUUACAUGCUCUUCCCAAAGUACGUACAAUGUUCGCGAGAUAGGCCGCGAAGUGAAUCUCACUUGUUGACAGAGAAAAUCAUGACGUCCACGAGUUCCCCUGGAAUGACCCGCGAUUAGUCUGUUAUUGUUUUCUUUUCCCCUCUUCCUUGUACUUUAAUCGUCGCCUAUCAGCAAACGUGAUAUAUAUACACAUAGAUAUAUAUCCACAGUUACGUUCCUUUUAUAGAAAUGAUAUUUUAGAUACGAGUUUUAAACCAUCAUUGCCCACGCUGUAAUCUAUGCCCAUUUAGCCAUUAAGCCUCGUGUAGCACGUCCCACAUUGCUCGGACGUACCUGUACAUUUAUUUUGUUAGUACUUAUAUCACCUACGCUUAAAUCAUCGAAUUAUACCUGGCGAUUUCGACAUAUUAUAUUUACAUACACAUACAUAUACAUAUAUUUUUGAUAAUUUAAUACUCACUAUAAGUUUAUGUAAAUCUAUAUGUAUUACAGAAUACAAUUAUUUUACGACACCGAUAAAAAUGUGGCU